UCAACGGUUGUAACGCAACCUAUCUAUAGAGACAGAAUACCUGUCAGAGUAGAAAGAAUAGUCCACCGGGCUACCAAAGCCGGGCCAACGCGAUUUUUUUCAUGUUUUUUUUGUAAAUUUCUAUAUGCUUUUAUUAAAUAAAAAAGUGCCUAAUGUGAUUUAAGUGUAUUUUAACAAAGUGUAGAAUAAAUAAAACAAUAUAGUUACUAAAAAAAUUUUUUACAUUUACUGUGUGUUCAGUUUAAGAACGUGCUUUUUUUAAAGAAUUCCAACUUCUCAAUUCACCCAAUAGCACACACUACUAUGGCGACAACGGAUGAGUUGAAAGAUCGUAAUGAUCCUGAAUUAAAAUAUUUAUCGGUUGAUAGGAAUAAUUUUAAUGAUCCAGCAACCCAAGCUGAAUGGACACAAAAACGUUUGGUAUGGGUACCACAUGAGACACAGGGUUUCGUGGCGGCUGGUAUCAAAGGUGAACGCGGGGAUGAGGUCGAAGUGGAAAUAGCUGAGACCGGUAAACGGGUAUUUGUUGCGAAAGAUGAUAUACAAAAAAUGAAUCCACCAAAAUUUGACAAAGUUGAGGAUAUGGCCGAAUUAACAUGCUUAAAUGAAGCAUCAGUACUUCAUAACCUUAAGGAUCGUUAUUAUUCUGGUCUUAUAUACACAUAUUCUGGACUGUUUUGUGUGGUAGUAAAUCCAUAUAAGAGGUUACCUAUUUAUACAGAAAGGAUAAUGGAAAGAUAUAAGGGGAUAAAACGGCAUGAAGUACCUCCACAUGUAUUUGCCAUCACAGACACAGCGUAUCGUUCAAUGUUACAAGAGCGAGAAGAUCAAUCAAUACUUUGUACAGGGGAAUCUGGUGCAGGUAAAACAGAAAACACAAAGAAAGUCAUUCAAUAUUUAGCAUACGUAGCAGCCUCAAAACCAAAAGGAUCAGCAGCGCCGCCAAAUCCAGCAUUAAUCGUUGGUGGAUUAGAACAACAAUUACUUCAAGCAAAUCCAAUACUUGAAGCUUUUGGUAAUGCUAAAACUGUUAAAAAUGAUAAUUCAUCUCGUUUUGGAAAAUUUAUUCGCAUUAAUUUCGAUGCUUCUGGUUAUAUUGCUGGAGCAAAUAUUGAAACGUAUCUACUUGAAAAGUCACGUGCUAUUCGACAAGCACGAAAUGAACGAACCUUCCAUAUUUUCUAUCAACUAUUAGCGGGCGCAUCUCCCGAACAACGAAAGGAAUUCAUCUUAGAAGAUUUAAAGGCAUAUCCAUUUUUGGCUCCGGAUUCUCAUCAAGUACCAGGUGUAGACGAUGAAGCCGAAUUUCAAGCAACUGUAAAAUCAAUGAAUAUAAUGGGUAUGACACAAGAAGAUUUCAGUGCCAUCUUUCGUAUUGUAUCUGCUGUAAUGUUAUUUGGUAUGAUGCAAUUUAAACAAGAUAGAAAAUCAGAUCAAGCAAUUUUACCAGAUAAUACUGUAGCUCAAAAAAUAGCACAUCUAUUGGGAUUGUCUGUGACACAUAUGACAACAGCAUUCUUGACACCAAAUAUAAAAGUUGGUCGUGAUUUUGUUAAAAAAUCACAAACCAAAGAACAAGUUGAAUUUGCUGUUGAAGCCAUUGCCAAAGCAUGUUACGAACGUAUGUUUAGAUGGCUCGUAACUAGAAUAAAUCGAUCGUUGGGUAGAACUAAACGUCAAGGUGCCAGUUUUAUUGGUAUUUUGGAUAUUGCUGGUUUUGAAAUAUUCGAAUUGAAUUCGUUUGAACAACUUUGUAUCAAUUACACUAAUGAAAAACUCCAACAGCUAUUUAAUCAUACCAUGUUCAUAUUAGAACAAGAAGAAUAUCAACGUGAAGGAAUCGAAUGGAAAUUUAUUGAUUUCGGGCUAGAUUUGCAACCAACAAUCGAUUUAAUCGAUAAACCAAUGGGAAUUAUGGCUUUAUUAGACGAUGAAUGUCUAUUGCCAACAACCACCGAUAAAACAUUUGUAGAAAAAUUACUUUGUGCCCAUUCAGUACAUCCUAAAUUCAUGAAAGCUGAUUUUCGAGGAAAUGCAGAUUUUGCAAUUAUCCAUUAUGCUGGUAAAGUAGAUUAUUCUGCUGAAAAAUGGUUAGUUAAAAAUAUGGAUCCAUUAAAUGAAAAUGUUGUAUCAUUGUUACAAAACUCAUCCGAUCCAUUUGUCGUACAUAUUUGGAAAGAUUCCGAAAUUGUAGGCAGAGCUAAGGGUAUGUUCAGAACUGUUUCCGCAUUAUAUAAAGGUCAAUUAGCGAAUCUAAUGGAUACAUUGCGUAAUACAAAUCCAAAUUUCGUACGUUGUAUAAUACCUAAUCAUGAAAAACGUGCUGGAAAAAUUGAUGCUGCUUUAGUUCUUGAUCAAUUAAGAUGUAAUGGUGUACUGGAAGGUAUUCGUAUUUGUCGUCAAGGUUUCCCCAAUCGAAUACCUUUCCAAGAAUUCCGUCAACGAUACGAACUAUUAACACCAGAUGUAAUAUCAAAAGGUUUUAUGGAUGGUAAAAAGGCUUGUCAAAAAAUGAUUGAAACCUUAGAGUUAGAUUCUAAUUUAUACAGAAUUGGUCAAUCAAAAAUAUUCUUCCGAGCUGGAGUAUUGGCGCAUUUGGAAGAAGAACGUGAUUUCAAGAUAUCCGAUUUGAUUGUUAACUUCCAAGCUUUCUGUCGUGGAUUUUUAGCUAGAAGAAAUUAUCAAAAACGUGUCCAACAAUUAAACGCUAUUCGUAUUAUUCAAAGAAAUUGUGCAGCGUACUUAAAAUUACGAAAUUGGCAAUGGUGGCGAUUAUAUACUAAAGUAAAACCUUUGCUCCAAGUAACAAAACAUGAAGAAAAAUUAAUGCAAAAAGAAGAUGAGUUACGACAUGUAAAGGAAAAAUUAGAAGUUCACGAAAAAACAGCUCAAGAAUAUGAACGGAAAUACCAACAAGCAAUGGAAGAAAAAAUUCAACUUUCUGAACAAUUACAAGCCGAAACUGAAUUGUGUGCAGAAGCUGAGGAAAUGAGAGUACGUUUAGCUGCUAGGAAACAAGAAUUAGAAGAAAUUCUUCAUGAUUUAGAGGUAAGAGUUGAAGAAGAAGAGGAAAGAGCCGCAGCAUUAAUGAGUGAUAAGAAAAAAUUACAAACAACCAUCCAAGAUUUAGAAGAUCAAUUGGAAGAGGAGGAAGCGGCUAGGCAAAAACUUCAAUUGGAAAAAGUUCAAUGUGAUGCACGUUUAAAGAAACUUGAAGAAGAGUUAGCUCUUAGUGAAGAUUCUAACCAAAAAUUGAUCAAAGAGAAAAAAGUAUUAGAAGAACGCGCUGCUGAUUUAUCACAAACUUUAGCAGAAGAAGAAGAAAAGGCAAAACAUCUUGCUAAACUUAAGGCUAAACAUGAAUCAAGUAUUGCUGAAUUAGAAGAACGAAUUCGUAAAGAUCACCAACAACGACAAGAAUCAGACCGUACUAAGCGAAAAGUAGAAACAGAAGUAAACGAUUUACGUGAACAAUUAUCUGAACGUAGAGCACAACUUGAGGAAAUGCAAACGGCAUUAGGUAAACGUGAGGAAGAGUUAACUCAAGCACUUGUUCGAAUAGACGAAGAAGGUGCUGCAAAAUCUCAAGCUCAAAAAGCACUUCGUGAAUUAGAAUCGCAACUAGCCGAACUUCAAGAAGAUUUGGAAGCAGAAAAGGCAGCUCGUAGUAAAGCUGAAAAACUUAAACGAGAUUUAAAUGAAGAACUAGAAGCGCUUAAAAAUGAACUACUAGAUUCAUUGGAUACAACUGCCGCCCAACAAGAAUUAAGAAGCAAACGUGAACAAGAACUUGCAACUUUGAAAAAAACAUUAGAAGAAGAAACCCAAGUGCAUGAAGUAACCUUAGCAGACAUGCGGCAUAAGCAUACACAAGAGCUUGCUGCUGUCAAUGAGCAAUUAGAAGCCCUGCGUAAAGCUAAAGUUGGUUUAGAAAAGGCGAAACAAACCUUAGAAGCAGAGAAUGCUGAUUUAGCAACUGAAUUACGAAGUGUAGGUGCUAAUAGACAAGAAAGUGAACGGCGUCGUAAACAAGCAGAAGCUCAAUUGGCAGAAGUACAAGCAAAAUUGUCCGAAAUUGAAAGAUCACGCAGCGAAUUAUCCGAAAGGUUAGUUAAAUUACAAAAUGAAACAGAAUCAUUAACUCAACAACUUGAAAAAGCUGAACUGCGAGCAGCAGCUGCAUCAAAAACUCAAGGAACUGCUGAAGCACAAUUAGCUGAAGCGCAACAGGCAUUAGAAGAAGAAACUCAACAAAAAUUAGCCUUAAGUUCGCGUUUACGCCAGUUAGAAUCUGAUAAAGAAGCUUUGCAUGAACAAAUCGAGGAAGAAGAAGAAGCUAAGCGUAAUUUAGAAAAACAAGUAACCGCUUUAACUGUGCAAUUGGCUGAAGCUAAAAAGCGUGCAGAUGAAGAAAGUGAACAAGUUAAUGCUCUUGAAGAAAUUAGAAAGAAAUUAUUAAAAGAUUUAGAGGCUCUCCAGAGACAAGUUGAAGAAUUACAAGCUGCUAAUGAUAAAUUAGACAAAAGUAAGAAAAAGAUUCAAGCUGAAUUGGAAGAUGCAAACAUUGACCUGGAAGUUCAACGAUCAAAACUUGUUGAACUAGAAAAGAAACAAAAAAUAUUCGAUAAAGUUUUAGCGGAAGAAAAAGCAGUUAGUGAACAAAUUGCUCAAGAAAGAGACGCAGCAGAAAGAGAAGCUAGAGAAAAAGAAACAAGAGUAUUGUCACUUACACGUGAAUUAGAUGAAGCCAGUGAAAAACUUGAAGAACUAGAACGAGUUCGUAGACAGUUACAAGGUGAGCUAGACGAUUUAGUCAAUAGCCAAGGAACAGCAGAUAAAAAUGUUCAUGAAUUGGAAAAAACUAAACGUGCACUAGAAGGUCAAUUAUCAGAAUUACGAUCACAGAAUGAAGAGCUUGAAGAUGAAUUGCAAUUAACAGAAGAUGCUAAACUACGCUUAGAAGUGAAUAUGCAAGCAUUACGAGCACAGUUUGAGAGAGAUAUUCAAGCUAAAGAAGAGCAAGCUGAAGAAAAACGACGUGGUUUAAAUAAACAAUUACGCGAUCUAGAAUCAGAACUCGAUGAAGAACGUAAACAACGAACUGCUGCGAUGGCUUUACGUAAGAAAUUAGAAGGCGACUUAAAAGAAAUGGAAGCUCAAUUAGAAAUGCACAGUAAAGUAAAAGAAGAUGCUCUAAAACAAUUGAAACGUUUACAAGCUCAAUGUAAGGAUGCUCAAAGAGAUGCGGAAGAAGCGCGAGCAAGUCGUGAUGAACUCUCUGCAAUUAGUAAAGAAACUGAACGUAGAUUAAAAUUACUUGAAGCAGAAUUAUUACAAGUAACAGAAGAUCUUGCAGCAUCAGAAAGAAAUCGACGUGCUGCUGAAGGCGAACGAGAUGAACUACAAGAAGAAGUCAAUUCAAAUACUAGUAAAACAACAUUAUUAAUAGAUGAAAAACGCCGAUUAGAAGCCCGAAUUGUAACAUUGGAAGAAGAUAUUGAAGAGGAACAAAGCAAUAACGAAGUAUUACUUGAUAGAACACGUAAAGCACAACUGACAAUUGAUCAAUUAAGCACAGAUUUAGCAGCAGAACGUUCUCAAACACAAAAAUUGGAAUCAUCACGGGUACUAUUAGAUCGUCAAAAUAAAGAAUUAAAAGCUAAAUUAGCAGAAUUAGAAACGGCACAACGUACACGUACGAAAGCAACAAUUGCAGCAUUAGAAAGUAAAAUAAGUAAUUUGGAAGAACAACUUGAUGUUGAAGCAAAAGAACGAUUCGCACAACAAAAGACAACUAGGAAAUUAGAUAAACGAUUAAAAGAAAUAUUGUUACAAGUGGAAGAUGAAAGACGGCAUGCUGAUCAAUACAAAGAACAAGUUGAGAAGAUGAAUGCUCGAGUGAAAACAUUAAAGAGACAGUUAGAUGAGGCUGAGGAUGAAAUUAGUAGAGAGAAAACAGCCAAACGAAAAGUUCAAAGAGAAUUCGAGGAAAUGAUUGAAUCACAUGAAUCUAUGUCUAGAGAAAUCAAUAAUCUCAAAAGCAAAUUGAGACGCACAGGUCCCAGUAUGGGUCUUUCUUCUUCGCGUCUUCGAAGUUCAAUCCCCUCUGGUGGUGGUGGCGGCGGAUCAGGGGAUGAUUCAACAACUCAAGAUGAUACCAUGGAUGGUGAAGAUGGCCUCAACUAAAUGUGCUUCAUAUAAUAUUUUACUGAUGAAUGUACAUAAAGGAAACGCUUUUAAAACAAAUACUACAAAAAAAGAAAAACAAGAGUAUUUUUUAGCAAAAAAAAAAAGCAAAAAAUUAAAUAGAAAAUACUUCACAUUUUUUGCUGAAAAUAUUUAUACGAAUGUGAGGAUUUAGCUUCUCAAUUUUGUAUUAUUUAAUUAAAAAAAAUAGUACUUAGCCAUAUAAUAAUAAUAAUAUUAAUAUAUUUUGCUAACGGAAACCAAUUAAGCCAAAAGCAUAAUUUUAUAAUAAUAGAAUCGAUAUUAAUGAAUUAUU